AUAAAAUGCACAUGGAACAAGUAUGCACUGGUACAUAUGGAGGCUGGGCUGUCCAGAGCAAUGCUCUAGCUGCUGGCCAGGCCUUUGUGCUGCCCAACCUGUGCCCUGCUGCUCCAGGCUACCAGGUAAGACUGCUGGAGCCAGCACCAGCCUCCAGCUCUCCCUGGCUGAAGUGCUGUGAAGAGAUGGGCAAGGACAGUUUGACCAUUGCAGGACAAUUUGUCCCACAUUGAAGUGCAUAUGCAGGGGCAUGUGCUGUGGCAAUUUGUGCCACUGCAAGCUCACACCCCUGCAUGUCUGGACAUAGCCCUCGAGCACAAAUACAAGCUAUGUCAUAGGUAUAGUUGGGUGGGAGUAUAUUUGAAAAUAGUUUUGAUGUGAGCAGUGCCUUAGACAAUUAUUAUAAUGAUAACUGCAUUUUUGUCACAGUAGGAUUUGCUUUGUACAUCUGGUAUUAUUUAUGAUUGUUUAUACCAAAUUGUUUGUUUGUCUUUAAUAUAGAGCACUCUUCUUUGGGAAGUGAAGAAUGGAAUCCUUGGGAAGGGGAUGAAAAAAAUGAACAGACUGCUUCCCGGCAAAGAUAUGAAACUAACCUUCAAUUAUUAAAAAAUAUGAAAUCUCAGCAAGAACCAACAGCCCUUAGAGUGCAGAUCUGGGGUAAAGCAGCAAUAGGUCUUUACCUCUGGCAACAUAUUCUUGAAGGUCUGCUUGAACCAGCUGAUAUGAAUGCUCAGUGGAGAGAAGGAAGCAUAAAGGCAGGAAAAACACUUUUCAGUUUCAUCACUGGUCCAGCUGUAGUUCCUGGAUAUUUCUCAGUAGAAGCUGACAAUGUGGUUCUAGUUCUGAAUGGAAGAGAAGAAGCAAAGAUAACUUAUGCCACACAGUGGUUACAUUAUGCACAAACUUUAAUUCAAACUCACAAGCUGCAGCAUGUUGCUGUCCUGCUGCUUGGAAACGAACAGUGCAAUAAUGAAUGGAUACAACCGUACCUAAAAGGACAUGGGGGAUUUGUAGAGCUACUUUUUAUAAUAUAUGAUUCUCCCUGGGUAAACAAAGACAACAUUUUUCAGUGGCCUUUAGGAGUGGCUACAUAUAGAAAUUUUCCUGUGGUAGAACCCACUUGGUCAAUGCUUCGUACUCCAAGAUCAUAUCUAUGCAAUUUCUUGGGAACAGUUUAUAAGAACUCAUCUAGGGAGACCCUAAUGGAAGUUUUGAAACAAGAUGAACUUGAUAAACUUUGUUGGAUUACAGCCAGAGAACAGUGGCAGCCUCAAGAAACAAAUGAAAGUUUUAAAAAUUAUCAAGAUGCAUUGCUGCAGAGUGAUCUCACAUUGUGCCCAGUGGGAGUAAAUACAGAAUGCUAUAGAAUUUAUGAGGCAUGUUCAUACGGAUCUGUUCCUGUGGUAGAAGAUGUAAUAACACCAGGUGAUUGUGGAAAUUUAUCUACAUACCAGAGUGCUCCGUUGCAAUUACUGAAGAUGAUGGGGGCUCCAUUUAUCUUUGUUAAAAACUGGAAAGAGCUUCCUGUAGUUUUAGAAAAAGAAAAAAAUAUGAACUUACAAGAAAAGAUCCAAAGAAGAAAAAAGCUUAUAGAAUGGUACAGGCACUUCAAAGCACAAAUGAAACAAAAAUUCAUUAAUAUUUUAGAAAACUCAUUUUUACCCAAUGAAAGAGGAUAAAUUUUACCCCCCCCCCAAAAAAAGAUCAAAAAUUGAUUGAAAACUUUAUUUCCACUGAUCUGUAAAUGAUGCUUUAUAUAAAAAGAAAAAAUCAACACAAGUGCAGCUCCUUUGAAAUCAGAGCUGUGCAAACUUAUCCCAGGGCUGAAUUUAGCCUUCUGUUCUUAGCUACUUUCAGAAAGUCUUAGAGGUUGGUAGUCUGCAUGGACAUCAUUAACUUUAUUAUU